AUGACUCUGGACUUCCUGAGGAGGAUGAAGCAGGAGGAGCUGGCUGAGCGUCUGAGGAGCAGAACUUCUGCUCUAAUCUCUCAAAAGAAGCUGAAAUGUGGCCUGAAGAAGAGGUUCCAGUGUGUGUUUGAAGGAGUCUCUAAAGCAGGAGAGUCCCCCCUCCUGAACCAGAUCUACACAGAGCUCCACAUCACAGAGGGAGGGACUGCAGAGGUCAACCAGGAACAUGAGGUCAGACAGAUUGAAGCAGCUUCCAGGACAGCAGACAGAGCAGAGACAAGCAUCAGACCAGGAGACAUCUUUAAAGCCUCACCUGGAAGAUCUCAACCAAUCAGAACGGUGCUGACAAAGGGAGUGGCUGGCAUUGGGAAAACAGUCCUGACUCAGAAGUUCACUCUGGACUGGGCUGAAGACAAAGACAACCAGGACGUCCACUUCACAUUUCCCUUCUCCUUCAGAGAGCUGAAUGUGCUGAAGGAGAAGAAGUUCAGCUUGGUGGGACUUGUUCAUCACUUCUUCACUGAAACCAAAGAAGCAGGACUCUGCAGCUUUGAAGACUUCCAGGUGGUCUUCAUCUUGGACGGUCUGGAUGAGUGUCGACUCCCUCUGGAUUUCCAGCACACUGACUUCCUGACUGAAGUUACAGAGUGCAGCUCAGUGGAUGUUCUGCUGACAAGCCUCAUCAGGGGGAAACUGCUUCCCUCUGCUCGCCUCUGGAUCACCACACGACCUGCAGCAGCCAAUCAGAUCCCUGCUGACUGUGUGGACAGGGUGACAGAGGUCCGAGGGUUCACCGACCCCCAGAAGGAGGAGUACUUCAGGAAGAGGUUCAGAGAGGAGGAGCAGGCCAGCAGGAUCAUCUCCCACAUCCAGACCUCCAGGAGCCUCCACAUCAUGUGCCACAUCCCGGUCUUCUGCUGGAUCACGGCUACAGUUCUGGAGAAGGUGUUGAAGAGCAGAGAGGGAGGAGAGCUGCCCAAGACCCUGACCCAGAUGUACAUCCACCACCUGGUGGUCCAGGCCAAACUCAAGAAGGUCAAGUAUGAUGGAGGAGCUGCCACAGAUCCACCCUGGAGUCCAGAGAGCAGGGAGAUGAUGGCGUCUCUGGGAAAACUGGCUUUUGAGAAGCUGCAGAAAGGAAACCUGAUCUUCUAUGAACCCGACCUGGCAGAGUGUGGCAUCGAUCUCACAGCAGCCUCACAGUACUCAGGAAUGUUGACCCAGGUCUUCAGAGAGGAGAGCGGCCUGUACCAGGACAAGGUGUUCUGCUUCAUCCAUCUGAGCCUUCAGGAGUUUCUGGCUGCUCUUCAUGUCCAUCAGACCUUCAUCACAUCUGGAAUCAACCUGCUGGAAGAACAACAGCAAAUCUUCUGUUGGUCAAAAGGGUUGAAGAAGAAAGCUAAUCUCCACCAUCUCCAUCAGAGAGCAGUGGACGAGGCCUUGAAGAGUCCAAAUGGACACCUGGACUUGUUCCUCCGCUUCCUCCUGGGUCUUUCACUGCCAACCAAUCAGAGUCUCCUUCAAGGUCUGCUAACACAGACAGGAAGUAGCUCACAGACCAAUAAGAAAACAGUCCAAUACAUCAAGGAGAAGCUGAGUAAGAGUCUGUCUGCAGAGAGAAGCAUCAAUCUGUUCCACUGUCUGAAUGAACUGAAUGAUAGUUCUCUGGUGGAGCAGAUCCAACAGUCCCUGAGAUCAGGAAGUCUCUCCACAGAUGGACUGUCUCCUGCUCAGUGGUCAGCUCUGGUCUUCAUCUUACUGUCAUCAGAAAAAGAUCUGAAGGAGUUUGACCUGAAGAAAUACUCCGCUUCAGAGGAGGCUCUUCUGAAGCUGCUGCCAGUGGUCAAAGCCUCCAACAAAGCUCUGUUUGAAGACGGCUGA